CACAAAACAUUGGCGCUUUUCAUUUUCUGAAAUUUGAGAACCAGAAAAGAAGUGACGAGAGAGACUGAGACACAGAUGAUGGACAUGGAUAACUUCCUGGACUUUGAGUCAGAAGACCCACUCCUAAAUCGUCCUGCUGUUACUAAGAAAAGGAAGAAGGCUAUUGGGUUGGAUGAUCUUUUGACUGAUUUCUACAAGGAAGAAGACAAGCUUGUUGAAAAGAAAUCUAAGCGUGCAAAACCACGAAGGAACAAUGAUUCAGAUGAGGAAGAUAAUCAUAAAGAGGCUGCGCUCUAUGACAUUGUCGAUAAGUGUGAAAACGAGAUGAGAGAAAUAAGCGGUAAGGAGGACAGCUUUGUGUGGGGCAUAUGCGCUUUUGGAGACCAGAAAACCCCACCUCCUCUAUCUUUUCCAGAGAUUAAAAGUUGCACACUCUUGCAGUCUUUCAUUAAUGACGAGCUCAACUCUGUGAUUGAUAUCUCUACAGAAAAUGGAGACACCUUCCUUGAAGGAUUACUAGUAAAUGGCUGGCUUUCAAAAUUGGUUUUCGCCAGUCGUCAUCUAGAAAAAUCAGUGGCCACAUGGACCUUUAAUUUGAUGCUAUAUUCACCCAAAGAAGAUUUGAGGGCAUCUGCAUGUGACUUCUGGUGUGCUAUUCUCUCAUUUGAAAAUGAGGUUGACUUACAGCCUAUCAAAAUUGAUUGGUUUCCUAGCUAUUCUGAGUUAAAAAUAGCUCUUGAAAGCUAUGGUUUUCUAUUCAAACUUUCAUCUAACACGGAUUCUGCUUGUUCCAAUUCUGCUUCUCGAGGUCCAGCUCAGAAUAUUAGAGCUUGGCUUAAACUUGCAACUGCUUCUUGUCAAAUGAGAAACAAAAGGGCUAUGUACUUGACCUCAGAAGCCGAAGAGUUGAUUGAAGUAAUUAUUUGUCUAUUUUCUGACCGCCAACUUCAAGGUCUUCUUGUGCUUUUGCAUGAAUGCAUGCAGUCAGCUAUCAGUUACUUCACUAACGAAGAAUGGGAAUCUAGCUGUGAGAAGAUAGCAAAAUCUCUUGCUUGCAGAGUACCUAAGGACUUGAACUGCCUAAGAAUUGUGGAAUGCAUUUCGGUAGUCAAUACUCGCUCUAAGCUGUUUAGAAGUACAGUUGCCCAUCAAAUCCUUCUUAGUUAUUUUGAUCAUAAGGCCCCUUCUGAAGAAGGGAUCCUAAAACUGCUUAUCCCAAUCAAUGUCAAAGACAAAAGCUGUGAUUUUUUCAAGAUGUACAUACACUUGGUGUUGACAGAGAAUUGGCUCUUGUCUAAUCAACUUUUAGAAGACAAGCCAGUCUUGAAGGCAAUGUGGCGCCUCUACUUAAGAAACUGUUCUUGCAUGAUAGCCAGCACUGACUUGCGGUGUUUUGCAUCUAAGGUCCGCAACAAGGCAUCAUAUCUUCUGCAAGGCACUGUCAGCUAAUUCAGGAUCCUGAAGCAGGACGUUUUGAAGCAUAUUGGGGGGGCUUGCCUCUAGCGGUUUUUGCAGAGGGAAUGUUCGUUUGGUUUUCUUUGCUUCUUUCCUCCCUCACUAAGUUUCUCUGUAAUGGAUAUAUUGGUAAUGUAUUAUGUAAUUGGAGACAAAUGCAGGGCAACAAUGGCUUCUUCCCUCCUAGUUUAAAAUUGCUUUUGAAUUUUCUUUUAAACCCCUAAAUUAGAGAGGAAAAAUGUCAUUCA